AUGAAAUCAUUCGCUACUUUAGUCAUUAGAGCUGCCAAAACCCAAAACAUUGUCAGUACCGCCUUGCCCAAGAACCUCUUGUAAUCAAGAGUCUGUGCCUUCACUUAGAUUCCCAAAAAUAACUUCUGGAAGAAUAACGGUUAAGAUAAUGAAGUUAAAGACGAAGAAGUUGAAGAAUUAGAAAAGUUAACCAAGCAAAGAAUGGAAAGUGAAACAGCAAAGAAUUAACAAUAACAAGAAUAAGCCGAAUUGAAGAAGCAAAAGGAAGCUGAAGAAAAGGCUAAGAAGUAAAAGGAAGAUGAAGAAUGGCUCAAGCAAUAAGAACUUAAGGAUAAGAAGAGAGAAGAAGAAGUCAGAAAGAUUCGUGAAAAGGAUGCUGAAAAGAAACUCCCCGAAAGUGUUGAAUUAUUGUUAAAAAUGGAAGGUGAACCUGCUAAGAAGAAAAUCUUACACUUAUUUGAACAACUCAAAGAAAAGGCUUAAACUUUAGAAUAAGAAAAUAAGCUCCUAGCUGAAUAGAAAACUGCUUAUCAAACAUAAACUACCACCUGGUAAGAAAAAGCUAAGGAAUUACACAAUAUCACAGAAAAUACUUUGAAAGAUAUGGAAUUGAUGAGAAUAAGAUUAGAAAAGGAAAAAGAAUAAACUAAAAUCUUUGCUAUCAGUAAGUUUGCUGGUGAAGUACUUGAAGUCAAUGAUAACAUUGAAAGAGCCCUCAAUGCUAAUAAAGAAUUAGCUGGAAAAGAAAAUGGUUUGUUUGAAGGUACAAUCAUGACCCAAAAAAUCUUAGAACAAAUCUUAUAAAGAAAUGGUAUUGUUAAACUUAAUCCUGAAGGUGAAAAGUUUGAUCCUAACUUCCAUGAUGCUCUCUGCCAAGUUCCUGAUCCCACCAAAGAAUCUGGUAGCGUUGCCUUCGUUGCCCAAACUGGUUACAAAAUUUACGAUAGAGUCUUACGUCCUGCUAAAGUUGGUGUUACUUACAAGAACUGA